AUGUAUGCAAAGUGCGGCUGCAUUAGUGUUGCUACAGAGAUCUUUGAGUCAACGCCAUGGAAGAACUUGUUCACGUGGAAUGCCAUCAUCGUUGGUCUAGCCAUGCAUGGGAACGGUGAGAUGUCACUGGAGCACUUCAACAGAAUGCGAGCUGUGGGUGUUCGGCCAGAUGGGGUGACCUUCCUAGGAGUCUUGGUGGCUUGUAGCCGUGCAGGACUCGUUGAUAUGGCUCGGAGUCUCUUUGAUGAGAUGGAGAGCGUCUAUGGUGUCGAACGGGAGCUCAAGCAUUCGGAUGCAUGGCAGAUUUGCUCGGACGGGAUGAUCAAGGAAGCGAUGGAAAUGAUAGAAGGGAUGCUAAUGAAGGGCGAUGCUUAUGUGUGGGGAGGUGUGCUUGCGGGUUGCCGAAUCCAUGGGGGGGAUGUGGAGAUUGCAGAGGUUGCAGCACGGCAUAUAUUAGAAAGGAACCCUGGGGAGAGUGGGAUCUACUCGAUUAUGGCUGAUAUAUAUGCUACUGCAAGGCGGUGGGAAGAUGUUGCAAGGAUUAGGAAGUUUAUGGGCGACAAAGGAUUGAAGAGAAAGAAUGUUGGUCGUAGUUCUAUUGAGGUGGAUCAUGAGACAGAAACCACAACAGCAGUUGUGGCUCUUAAGUUCGUCGAUCCGAUAGGAUAA